CCACAGUCGGUUGAGAGAGCUCGUUCGCAAAAGUCAUAUUUGUUGUUAAUUGGAGUGAACGCGUCGCGACGUUUGAAGAGCUCAGCAAAGUAUCAAAAUAUUUAAAACACAUUACAAAGCCAAAAACUAGAACUUAAUGUACGAUAUUUUUCUAUAAUUAAUUUGGAUUAUAAGCGAAAACGACUUACAAUAGUUAAGGAACAAGAAUAAUAACAAAUUGUGAUAAAAAAAGAAUGCAAAGCGUGUAACUCUGAAGUGAAACUUUGAAGACUUAACACCAAAGUGGUACAGAAAAGAUUUUCGUACGCUCACACUCAUAGCAGAUUGUCGUGGCCUGCGAAAAGCAACAGCAAAUUCUGACCUCAAUACGUUUGUAAGGCCAGACAAAAAGGGCGUUGUGACUUUAUACCGCUGCUGCUUACUUGUUAACAUUAUGCACUUACAGACUUGAAACGUCGAAGUAAGUGAGAACGUGAACGGCGUAACAAUCGUUGCAACUGUCCCUUUGAUCGUAUGCGCUAAGAGUCAGUUGUAUUGUCGCGCGGCGUGUCAUUCAAACGGUACGUCAGUUCGCCCGUCUGUCGGUGGUAUAUUAAUCGUCUAUUACGAACUGUGCAUGUCUGAAAGAGAUAACAAGUCAGUAUAACCGUCUUUGAGUGCGUUCUGAACAAACAAAAACAAACACUAAAGCGAAGUACUAAGUAGGUAUACGAACAUACCACCUCUGCGGGUCAAUUGUUGUUGGACGCUUAAAAAACCUUAAUAAAAAGAUUGUAAAGGGAAUCGAUUGUUCUGCAGCAGUGCCAACAAUAAAAUCAGCUGUCGUGGCAUAGCACUCAGAACCUACACAAGUGCAGACGCGCGAAACUGAGUGAAACGCCAAACCACUCAAAGUGAGCGCCCAUACGCUGAAUAGUAACCACUCACAGUAAGCAAGGAGAACGGAGCCGAUUCCCGUAUUUGCCGCAGUCGACUUCAACUUUACUGCCACAGAAUUCAGAGCCCGGAGACGACGCCGAAGAAGAAUACUGAACCAUAAACUACCAGAUAGUAAACGAGAGCAGUCAUUAAUAUUUUUUUUUCACUACUCUUGGGUUGGUCAUAGUAAAUAGACGGUCGGUAAAACGGUGAAUAAUGGAAAAACGUUAGCGUCUCCGUCACGUAAAGCAAAUCUAAUUAAUUCAACAUUACAGCUCAUAGCAGUUGCAACUAGACCAACACACACACACGCAAAGAUAAUUAAAUUAAGGCUGAUUAAUUUUUUGUAAGAAAAAAGACAAUUACAAAAGCAAAGUGUAUUUUUAGUUCUUCGUGAGUAAAGACUGAUAAAAAGUAACGACAAGGAUUAUUCCAAAAAUACAACAAUACAAAAAAUCAAUAAUAUAAUAACAAAUAAUAAUAAGAACACGAAGCCAAUGCAGUUAAAGCAACAAAACCACAUUCGCAAUUACGGGUUGACUAAAUACGUUAAAAAUUAAAUAACUAGUUCAUGUGAAAUAAAUAUAUGUAGAAUAAAUUACAUAGAAUACGCCUAAAAUACCAGUAAUUAAGAAAAAAGUAAAUAUAUAUUUCUACCUACAUACUUGCUAAAUAAAACACAAGGAAAUGAUAUAACAAAGUAAACAACAGCAACAUAUGGAUUAACGUUCCUGAUAUAAUUAACAAGAAACACCCCCUCCACACAAAAAGAUCUGCGCAUACCUGCACAUCUAGCGGAUUAAUAUCAACUGUAUAUAUAGAGCUGGUGUCAGCUUUGCAUUACAUUAACAAGCAUAGUUUCACUACAAGAAAAGCUCCAAAAGCAACUGCGAAUCAUAGAGUAUAUUGAAUGUGAAUUACCAUACCGUUUAGAUAUUACUUGAUAGCACCAGCAACCUUUUGGAUAACCGUCGCUAGUGUCAGUUGUGUAUUGUUUGAGUUUCGAAAUUACAUUAAAUUAUUAUCGUCAUUUGAAACACCAGUGCCUGAAGAUAAAAAGUGCAAGAAAAUAAUUGAAUUGAAUGAUUCAAAAUAUAGCAAGAAUCAAAAGCAAAAAUUCUGUGCUCGAAGUACAUUUCGUAAAUAUUUCGCAACUCCUUACGCUUUACUAUAAAAGAAAUAACCCAAACAAGGAAAUUAGUGCCAACAAAAACAAAAGCAAAAGCAAGCUAAGCAGCAAUAAAGUUAGAUUGUGUUUGUUAAAAUUGAGUCCUUCCAUGUGAAUUCACCCGCAAUAUUGUGAAGAAAGCUUAUGAUAUAAAAUAAAAGAAAUUGUGGGGCAGUGUUUAUAACGAAUUCCAUGUGAAUAAAAAGAAGUGGGAAACUUGUGUGUGAAAGCCAGUCUUUAAGAUUGCAAAAAUUAUUAACGAAACUAUUGCCAAAAUGACGAUGGCUGCGUGCUACGCCAAUUAUGAAAUGUCUUUACCACACAGCAUGUCCACAGCGGCGUUGCUAAGUGCUCAACAUCAUCACCAUACUCACCUCAAUCACAGUCAUAGUCACAACCAACAGCAACAGCAGUCGCAGCAAACGCAUCAUCAGCAACAACAGCAAGUUUACCACCACACGCACCAACAACAUCAGCACCACCAGCAGCAACAUCACUCGCAAUCAUCCAAUGGAGUGACAACGUCGUCGUCGUCCACAGCCAUGGACCGACCAACGUCCAUGGCGGCGGCGACGCCGGCUGGGCGAGGUGGUAAUGCCUCGACAGUCACACCCGCCGUCGCCGCCACCAACUCAGUUAUAAGCAGCACCAAUAUCGGCAGUGCCAACAUCACCAAUAGUCGCAGUAACAGCAACAGCAGUACCAACAUUAAUAAUGGUGCAACGUUGUCGGCUGGUACAACGGUGGCGAUCAUCAGCUCCGGCGGCACUGCGACACCACAGAAAGAUUAUUCCAUUCCAUUGCAUGUAGACUGCAGCGUAGAAUACGAAUUACCAAAUCAACCCAAACCACCGGUAGGCCAACGAGUCGAGCCAUUGCUGAUGAUCCAUCCCUGUUACUUUCGUAAAAUGGAAUCGCAACGGCGCAGUCCCUUUGUUAACAAUAUGCCGGCGUCAGCGCGCAACACUGCGUUGUUGGUGAGUGGCUUAAGUAGCUCCUCUUCGUCAACGGCCACGAGUGGGGCGGCGUCAUCGGCGGCGAGUACGUCUGGUGCAACUGCGACUAGCUCAUCAGCGCGUCGUGCUGCUGCGCGUCAAUCUCAGGUUAUACAGCAACAGCAGCAGCUCCAGACACAGCAACAAUUGCAGCAGCAUCAAGUAGUUGCGCAAUACCAACAACAGCUGCAGCAGCAACAAUUGCGACAGUCAACUCAACAACAGCAGCAGUCACAGUUACAACAGGAGCAGCAGCAGCAGCUCCAACAGCAGCAGAUGUCGCAAAUGUCCCAACAAGCGCAUUAUCCAGUGGUAGUGGCGCAUCACCAUUUGAGCCACCAUCAACAACAAUCGCAGCAACAAAAAGCGGUGCAACAACAAGCUAGCGUUGCCUCAUCUGCUCCAACAUCCUCUUCUGCCUCAACAGCGGUGUAUAUUGAGCACGCUAGUGCAGUGAGAAGAGCAGCAGCCGCGGCUGCUGUGCAUCACCGUAGUAACCAAAGCCGUGCCGCAAACACUGUUGCUAGCAAUGCCAGUCAAGUGCAUCAACAACAGCAACUGCAGCGUCCAAGCCAAAGCACAACUGCCUCGAUUGCGGCCGUGGCUGCCGCCGCCGCAGCCGCCGUUACCUCUCAAAGCCAGCAGAAUAUACUGAGCCAGAAUGCCUCACAAUGGGACCAGUUGGCAGCGAUAGCCGCUCGCUCCUCCAUGACACCAGCCGCGGCUGCGGCUGCUGUGCACUCCAGCCAAAUGUUGGCACCACGCAGCACGCCCGCCUUAUUCGGCAAGAGCUUGUCCGCGGUAGGCAAACGGGACGCCAUGAUUUCCGGCGGCGUAUACGGUGGCAGUGCUGCGACGGCAGCUAGCAACGUAGCCACGCAUCACAACGGAAAGCAACAACAACAACAGCAGCAAAUGCAUUGUUUACCCACUGGGGCGAUGUGGGCCGAUCCCAGCAGCGUGGCGUCAGCCUCCGCGGCCACCUCGUCCACAGCGUCGGCGCUGAUGAUCGAUCGCAGCCCAAUGGCAACAGUUCCUAGCAACUAUCAGGCUGGGCCUGAUACCACCCCGACUAUAAGUACACACUACACACGUGACGAAAAGCUGAGCGGCAAAUACCGGCAGUACCUACGAUCGCAGCGCAUGCAUCCGUACUUGUCGGCGACAACAACGAAUGUGGCAGCCGUCGCUGCAGCAGCUAAUCUCGGUCAAACAUUUCCACAGUUCGCGGCCACACCAUCGUUUCAGCAUCUGCAGCAGAUUUCCUGCUACAAUGUAUGAUCGACAUGAACUACUGACAACAGUUGCGGCAACAGCAGCCUCAGUAGCAAAACAACAGUAGUGAAAACUGUAAGUGUUCCAUCAAGUGAUUAAGUGCAGUGCAGCUAGCAAAUUGCUUCUUGUGAACGCUAUAAGGUUCUACACCGGGUCUUUGGUCGAAAUUAGACAGUUGAAGUGAACAAGUCACAUAGCUUUCGGAGUUAGCCGAUACCACGCAACGCGUUUAAUGGAGUAGCGGUAGUAUAAAUGGUAAAAUUAUUUGUUAAACAAACUUAUGGAUUACUUUCAAAUGCCAAAUAGCGCAUUUCGUAACAUAAAAGGGCAAAAAUGCUAACCAAAAUUACAUACAUACAAAUUAUAAGAGAAAAAUUAAUGUUAAGCGAUAGCUGCUAAAUUGUUAUAUUGAUAAAGAACCCAUUAGAAAAUGUUUGGAAAUAAGACUACUAUUAGAAAAUGCAACACAUUGCCGAUAUUUAUGUACCGUAACGCUACGCCAUUGACGAAUCGAACAGUUAGACGCUUAACGAAUAUACUUAAAUGCUUCAACGUUAUUGUUAAACGCUUGCAAUAAAAGCUCUAGGGUAGAAAGCAUUUAUAGGUGCGUAAGCCCAGGCGGUCCUAUUGUACCGAAGAAAUGUUUUGCCGACGGCUCGUGCAUCUAUUUAAGCUACUAGCACAUGUCGACCGUAUUGGCAGCUGAGAAUGCCGUCGGCAUUUUAAAUUUAGCCGACGCGUCUUAUAUGUAUGUAUUGUAUGUGUGUGCGCAUCUGAUUAUUUAAUGCAGAGGCUUUCAAGACCUGUUCCAUGUUACUUGUUUGCGUGCUUUGGCGGUGCAACCUGAAAUAACUUAAAUAUGCAGUAAAGCCCACCAAGCUUAUGGGCCUUCCGGGGUGAAGAGAAAUAAAAAUGCAAUUUGUACCCGUAUUUACUUGCCGAAGCGAAUUGCUUAACGUUCCAGACGCCCGUUUUCCGUAAAAGUUGCGUAGACAAUGUAAGGCACACACACACACGUACAUGGAAAUGCAUGUCUGCAUGACCGUCAGUACUUAAUUUGUAUUAAUGCUUUACUUUUCUU